AUGUUGUUUUUCACUAAUGCAGAGAUCAUUUUGUCAUUAGUGACAUUUUUUAUUGUCCUUUUAAUAACAAAGAAAAUCUGGAGAAGAGGAAAACUUCCUCCUGGUCCAUGGGGAAUGCCAAUUUUGGGAAACAUAUUACAGAUAGGAGAACUUCCUCACUUGACAUUUCUGAAAAUGAAGGAGAAAUAUGGGGACGUGUUUCGUCUGAAGCUAGGAAUAGUGCCAGUGGUGGUAGUGAGUGGCCUGGAGACCAUCAAGAAGGUGUUACUGAAGCAAGGAGAACAAUUUGCAAGUCGGCCAAAACUUUACACUUUCAGCUUGAUUAACGAUGGAACAAGUCUGUCAUUCUCAGCACAGUUUGGGGAUGCUUGGAAACUCCAUAAAAAGAUAGCAAAAAUGUCAUUGAAAGAAUUUUCCAAAUCAUCAAGGUCCUCAUCAUCCUUUAGCAUUUUUGAAGAGUUUAUUUCUUCCCAGUCUGAAGCUCUUGUGGAAACAUUGCUAAAGAAUUCUGAAAAGGGCUAUUUUGAUCCAUCACAAGAUAUCACAUACACUGCAGCCAGUGUUAUCUGUGCUUUAUGUUAUGGAAAGCACUAUAGUCAUGAUGAUAAAGAGUUUCUUGGAAUCAUAAAGCUAACCGAGGUUGCCCAGAAGGAAUCAGGUUCUGCUGCACCUGCAGACUUCUUUCCCAUCUUACGUUUUUUCCCUUUGUCUGGAGUACGAACACUACUGCGAGCAAUUGACAAAUUUAACAACUUCACUAAAAAGCAUGUGGAAGAACAUUUUGAGUCCUAUGAAAAGGGUCACAUACGAGAUAUCACUGAUGCAUUAAUAUACCUCUGUAACCGGAAAAAAGUCGAAGAUAAAUUAUUUGCUUUGUCAGAAGCUCAGAUAGUUUCUACAGUGAACGAUCUGUUUGGAGCAGGUUAUGACACUAUAUCUUCUGCUGUACAAUGGUCAUUCUUAUAUUUGAUUAAAUAUCCAGAGGUUCAAGAAAAAAUUCAUAAAGAGAUAGAUACUCUAAUUGGAGCCGGCAGAUUUCCGAGAUUCGAUGACCGACACAACCUGCAUUUUACAGAGGCCUUUAUACAUGAGGUCUUCAGGCAUUCCUCAUUUUCUCCAUUCACGAUACCUCAUUGCACCACCACUGACGCUGUUUUGAAUGGCUACUUUAUACCAAAAAAUACCUGCAUCCUUGUGAACUUGUAUCAAGUGCAUCAUGAUCCAGCUCUUUGGGAGGAUCCAGACUGUUUUAAACCGGAACGUUUUCUGGAUAAGGAAGGAAAAGUGGACAAGCACAUUGCUCAAAAUGUCAUUAUUUUUGGAAUGGGAAUCCGUAAAUGUUUGGGGGAGGAAGUAUCCCGAAAUGAAUUGUUUUUGAUGCUAACAAUUAUUUUGCAAAGACUAAGAUUGGAAAAGAGGCCAUCGGAUGAGUUAACAGAGACAGCAAUUAAUGGGAUGUCUCUGAAGCCAAAAAAAUAUGUGUUGAAAGCUUUAGCACGUUAUUAG